AUGGUAAAGUUGGAAAGGUUUAGCGAGGAGAAGACUCUGAUACACGAAUUCGGCAAGUUUAUCCUUGAAAAGCAAGACUCGGCAUUAACGGGUAACGCUGAUGCAGGUUUUAACAUCGCUAUUAGCGGAGGAUCGAUGAACCAAGCGCUGUAUGAAAGUUUGGUAAAUGACAAAGACAUCUUCCCGCAUAUUAAGUGGCCACAAUGGAGAAUCUUCUUCUGCGACGAAAGAUUGGUCCCCUUCGAAGAUCCACAAAGCAACUACGGUCAGUUUAAAAAAACGGUUUUGGAUCCAUUAGUACAUGAGGACGACCAAUUGAACCUAGGCCCCACCGUAUACACUAUCAACGAAUCAUUGAUUGGUGGUGGGGAAUCGGCUAAUAAAAAGAUCGCUGAAGAAUACGCCUCUUUGCUACCGGAAUCAUUCGACUUGAUCUUACUCGGCUGUGGCGAUGAUGGACAUACAUGCUCAUUGUUUCCUGGGACGGAAUUCAAUUACCUUGUAGAGGAGAUGGACCGCAAAGUUUUAUGGUGUUAUAAUUCGCCCAAGGCACCCAAGGACAGGAUCACCUUUACAUUAGCAGUGGUUGCUGAUGCUAAAAGCGUAUGCUUUCUCGUUAAGGGAGCCGCCAAAAAAGCUAUCAUGCAUGAUGUGUUGAUCGUAAAGAAUAGCGAACUGCCUAGUGUGUUAGUUAAUGAAAUGGUUGGGACCAGAGUGACAUGGUUUCUCGACGACGAAGCUGGCGCGUUGGUUCCGCAGAACUGCUAG